CAACCGUUUGCGUUAGUAUUUAAAAUAGUUCAUUUACGCAUUAUUAUACACCCGGAAUCAAUUAUGAGUAAAGUCAGAGGACCAGCUCUGUACCGCCUGGUGCCCUCGAAGACGCUGUUCAUGCUGUGCGACGUGCAGGAGAAGUUCAAGCCGGCCAUUCCGCUGCUGAGUUCGCUCAUCGAAAACACAACUAAACUGCACAUUCCAUUCCAGCUGGCAGCCGGCAAGAUCCUCCAGGUGCCACUGCUGGUCACCGAGCAGUAUCCCGAGAGGCUGGGCAAGACCGUCUGUGAGUUGGACAUCGGGCAUGCCUGCGCCAAUGUUUCCAAGACCAUGUUUUCCAUGCUGGUGGAGCCCGUACGUAAGAGUAUGACUGAUAUCUUUGGUGGCAAGCCCAAGACGGCGGUGCUUUUCGGCCUGGAGACACACGUCUGUGUGGAGCAGACGGCCUUCGACCUGGUAAAUGAUGGAGUCGAUGUCUGGCUGGUGGCCGACUGCUGUGCGUCGCGUCUUAAUCAGGAUCGGGAUUUGGCCUUGGAGCGCCUGCGUCACAUCGGCUGCAACAUAGCCACUUCCGAGAGUGUGAUAUUUAAUCUGCUGGGGGAUAAGGACAACAAGUCCUUCAAGGAGAUUGCUUCGCUGGUGAAGAAGAUCUCCGCAGACAUGCAGCUCGCGCGCGCCUCAAAAAGUUAAGCCUGGCGGCACUUUUCAUGUGUUUCAGUCCAGUAAACCAUCCUUCCAGCA